CAGUUGGAGAUGCGGAUUUAGCUGACCUACUUAUCGGUCAAGAUGUGGUUCAUGUAUAUCAUCAGUUGGAUAGCCCUGCUAAUGCAAAUUGUCAUCAUAACCUUGUCAAUUGCUGCUGGGCUUUACUACCUUGCUGAAUUGGUCGAGGAAUACACAGUGCUGACAGCCAAAAUCAUCAAAUACAUGAUAUUUGGAACAUCAGCAGUUUAUGUGGGCUUGUUAGUAUUAGAAGAUUUCCCACUGAUGAUGAUAGUGGCUGGACUUCUUGGAAAUGUGGCAUUUUUCUUGGUGUUAAAGACUUUUCCAUACUUUGUCAUUAGUUCCCCACCUUUUAUUGGCUCUGUAGUGUUUGUUGUUAUCAAUCACUACCUUGCCUUUCAAUACUUUUCAUCGGUUUGGUUCCCAUUCACAGAUGUGUUGUCAUACUUCACACUCUGUCUGUGGCUGGUGCCAUUUGCCUUUUUUGUUUCGCUUUCUGCCAACGAAAACGUCUUGCCGACAAUGACAGAAGCAAGACCCCAAGGACAGGACUCGUCAGAUGUGGUAUCAAACUACUUUAAGGCAAAGGGAAAGAAAUAUGGACUGCUUUCUUUUUUGAAGUCUGCACAGGAUAGCAUAUUACCAGAUCGUGUUAGGAAACAUUACUGAUGAAAUGAGCAAACAAGAAACUGUAUCUUUAAUGCUAUGUUUUGUGGUUUUCUUUUGAGAGAGAAAAAACUCUGUCUUUUCAGAUUGAAUUUAAGUGUACUAGAUUUCUUGUUUAAUGCUGAUAGUUUUUAUUUUGAUUGUGAAUUUAUAUAUCUGUAAGGUUAGACUUCCAUGAACCCUUAGACCACCACACAGACAUCAUAAUAACUACAAAUAAAAUGUUAUUGCAUAGGUUUUGUUCUUUACGAUGCAAAACUUCAUGGUUUUGUGCUUUGAGAAAACAUAGUUGACUUAACUUGGAGUUGAAUUAAUUGGUGCCAAUCUUUAGUCUUAACUAACUUUCUGUUAUAUUUCUGAAAAUAUGAGAAAGGCCCUUAUUCGAGGCCGAGAAACAGCAAAAUUCACACUCCUCAAAGUGAAAGUUCAGCAUGAUAUAAUAGUAGAUAAGCAGUGUCCCAUUAAAAUUGGGAAUUUGAUAUGCUGUAUACAGGGAAUGUCCAAUAAUUUGCUUGUUUUGUGAUGAAAAAGGUACUAUCAUUUUAAAUGCAUAUAAUUCAUUUGGUAUUUUACUGAGAUGAAGUAAAAAAUACACAUUCAAGUGUCAGGAAUGGAAAUAAAAAUGACUAAAAGUUAGAUAAUUUGUUUUAAUGGAUGUUAUAUGUUAUUGAAAUGAAGAAUAUUGAAAUAUACUCUUAAGACUUAAACUUGUGUAAGAAAUUUGACAAACUCAUCUGAUGUAACAGUAUGUAUAAUAAUCAUAUCAAUUCACUUGUAAAUAACAGUGAUAUAUAUUGUGUAGACUUAUCUCACAUUUGAUUUUCCUUCACAAUCAUUUUAUCAGUUCAUAUUGUUGAGAAUUGGUUAUAUUCACCUUUGCACAGGUAUUCUUGUAUUAAGCAUACUUUGUAACAUUAUUUAAAUCUACAUCUAGACCAUGAUGGAAAUAAGAUCCAUUUAGCCAUAUUAUAAUUUGUGUUUAAUCAAUUAUCAUUUUCUGUCAGCAGUGGCAUUCACUUGAUAACAACUCUGUAUACAAAUCUGUGUAUUUGUCAGUAUAAUGAUUAUACUUAUCAUCAAUAUCUAAUUGUUAAUAGUUAACAGUGAUAUUGAAGCUGUACUAAAAAACAUGUACCACAGUCAUCUGUAGCUUUACUAUUCAAACAUUUGUAAAGCCAAACAUUAUAAACAGUAGCCAACAACAGUUUUGGAGUGAUUGUACCCACAGAAAUUUACAACAAGGUAAUGAUAUUCUUUAUAGCUUAUCCCAAAUAAUAAACACGCAGAAAGAUAUGACAGGAGUAAUUCUGAAAAUAAUCCUGUCAGUAGGUAAUAAUCGAGAGAAAUUUAAACUAUCAUGGGUACAAAAAUUUGUGAUGUAUAAAAAAAUACAUAUGGGAUGUCAUAUGUAAGGAAAGUAUUGGUUGUACUGAGUAGAUACUUCAGAUGAUUCAUACUACCUAAAGUGAUUAGGGGUCAUAAGGCUAAAUAUAGUUAAACAAUAUCUGAAAAAAAAAAUAUAUGAAUUUCUUUGGAGAAAAUAAUAAGAAACUGAUCGUGGUCGUCUUUGCUAUUUGUAAACCUUUUCUAAAAUAUGAUUGAGAAAAUAAUAAGAAACUGAUCGUGGUCGUCUUUGCUAUUUGUAAACCUUUUCUAAAAUAUGAUUGAACUAUUUCACUCAACAAAAAAAUUACUGGUACUCUGAGGUAGCAAUGUACUAUCUGACAGACUCCUUCAGUGCUAAUGGCAGGGGUCAAGAUAGUGAUGUUCAUUCAGAUGGCUGUGGAAUAGCCCCCAAAACAUGUGGUUGCCUGGGUACUUGGUCUAAAGAUGCAGCAAGAUAAACGAUUGAUAACUGUUUAGUUUUACACCUGUGUUGAUAACUGUUUAGUUUUACACCUGUGUUGAUAACUGUUUAGUUUUACACCUGUGUUGAUAACUGUUUAGUUUUACACCUGUGUUGAUAACUGUUUAGUUUUACACCUGUGUUGAAAACUGUUUAGUUUUACACCUGUGUUGAUAACUGUUUAGUUUUACACCUGUGUUGAUAACUGUUUAGUUUUACACCUGUGUUGAAAACUGUUUAGUUUUACACCUGUGUUGAUAACUGUUUAGUUUUACACCUGUGUUGGUAAAUUGAAAGCUUUCUUUGGGUUUUUAUGUUGUUUAUUUUUUAAAAUGUACAAAUAGAGCUUUCAUGUGCAUAGGAGUAAACUUUAAAACGGUGCUGUGAACAUCUUUUAUACUGAAUACAUUUGUAUGUCCUACAUUUUCCCACCCACCAUUUGAACCGUGAUACAUGAUGAACUGAUUGGCUGUUUUACAUUGAAUGUUAUAUGUAUGUUAGUAUUAUGUGUAGUCAGUGUACACAAAGAUAAAUUGUGCUUACUGAUGUUGUGGUGUGUCUUUCCCAUGGGAUUGUUUGUUUGUUUGGCUUUUUGUUUUUCUUUUUACACAAAUUGACAUUCUAAUGCUACAACUUGUCAGAACAAAAACAGGAUUAACAGUUAGCCUUAAAAUCUCUAGUGGCUUUAGCAGUACAAAGAAAGUGGUAAAUGACCCCAUUGUAAAGGUUAGGGAGGGACAAGGACUCCAUAUUAACAGUAAAGAGCGGUUGUUUUAACCAGGUAUGGGACAUAUGAAAGGUCUGGAGAGUUUGUCAUUAAAGCAAACUUUUCACAUUUGAGAACAUAUAACAAAAGUUCAACUGAGAUCUAUAUCUGUAACAGUUUCCCUAUGCAAACCAAGACUUAAAAUGAAGUUUAAUGUGAAGUCUUGGUGAUGGUGAGAUUUGUUAUGUCAACAAUGUACAACAUUGUUUGAAUCAAUAACCAAGUAACUGUGAUGGUAUGGUUGAGAUUAAAUUUGGCUUCAAACUGUUAUCAGCAUUAGGUGUUGUUGAUGUUAGUUGGUUGUGUACCAGAAAGUGAACAAAUAGUGUAUGAUUUGAUAACCCAUCUCAUACAUACACCAGUCUAUGCAAAUGAUUUUAACUUCCUUGAAUAUUUUGUAAUCAAGGAAUGUUUUGUGAGUUCAUUUUGUGUGAUUGUUUGCUUGAGUUUUUUUGUUCGUGUCCUAAAAUUAGUUUUCAUAUAGCAAAGCUAGAUUUGUCAUCUCAGUACUGCUAGGUGUAUGUGUGUAGCACCUUGAAGAUUUGAAAGAUUGAUGUGUUGGAUGAAUUUCAUUGAAACUGAGAAUUGGAUUAUUUUGGAGAGUUGUGUUUUGAACAGAAUUUAUUUGAAAACCGAUGCAUAUACAUAAAUGUGUUGAUGAAAAGAAGUGCUGUUUUUUAUAGUUAUUGUACAAUAUCUAUCCUGAAUUAAUUUUCAAUCUACUUCCUGAAAACUCCAAACAUCAUAAGAUCUAUAAAUAUCAUAUGAUGCAAGAGAUAUCUGAUGUUUGUGAAAUUGAAUAUAAACACAAGGGUGUAAAAGGUCAUAUUCAUUGUUGAAAACAUGAGUUUAUUUAUAAUAUGAUAAUUUCUCAUACAUAAUGUAACCUAUCAGUUGAAAUCCAAAUAAAUGAUUGAUUUACAAAAAUAUUAAGUAUAUAUUUAUGUAGAUGAAUUUCUUAUAAUUGCACAUAUUAAUGAAAUGUAUAAUGUGAUAGGGAUAAUUCUAUGAUUAUGGUGAUAUAAAACACUCAAGAAAAUAAUGUUAAAAACUAAAAACUCCUUGUAAGGCAUGAAUUCCACAUGCAUAUGAAAGGAAUUUUCAUAAAUAUUAAUGCACACAUUACCUUGACCUUUGAGCCCUGAAACAUAGUCAUGAUUACAUACAUGUAUCUUAUAAAGACUGAAUAUUGUAAAGUUGAAUAUGAUUAUUGUACACAUACAAUUUUAUUCAUGUGGAAUGUUUUUAUACAGUAGUGAGAUUGUCGUCGUAUGGAAAAGAAAUGAGACUACUUCUAUACAAAAUGUACAGGUAAAACUUAGAAAGUCAGAGUGCAGGCUUAAAGAUCAGCUCUCUUAUUAUGUAAUGAUAUCGGGUUUUUUUAGGUCAUCUGACCAGAAGGGUCACCAUGCGCCGUCCUCUGUGCGUGAACUUUUGACAUUUCAAAACUUCUUCUCAAGUUCAACCAAUGGGAUUGAGCUCAAACUUGCAUGAAAUGAUUCUGAGAUGGUCCUGACCAAGUGUUUUUUUUUCAGGUAUAUCUAAAAUCCAAGAUGGCUGCCAUCUUGGAAAAAACAUUUUAAACUUCUUUUGCAGUUCCAUUGAUGCCAUUGAGCUAAAAAUUGGUGGGAAUGUUAAGGAAAGGUAGCCAAGGAAGUGUGGUUAUUUUUUAACCACAGCAGCCAGGGAGGAUUUUGUACAUGACUGCGCAAUCAUGGUUUUCCUGUGCAAUACCUAUUUCUUCUCAAGUUUCAUCAGUCGGAUUGAGCUCCAACUUUACUGUCAAAAAUUAGGUAACACUUGUUACAGUAACAUACUCCUCACCAAAACUACCAUCUCCAUCAUGAAAAACACCUUCUUAGUAAGAUUUCAUUCAAAAUAGAAAAUAUAACCCUUCUCCCUGCUGAAUGUUUUUGUAAUCAGAUGACCGUUAAUGCCCUUAGGCCUCUUGUUGAAAAAUAUUGUUGUAACCAAGUUCACUUUUGUGCUUGUACCAUAAGUAAAACCCAUGACUGUUGAUUUACCAACUGAGCGAUUGAAAAUGGCAGUGUCGGUAACAAUCAUUUAUCUUCUGAUGGUAUGGCUGGGAAUGUGAUUGAACCCUCUGAAAUUUCCUGAUCAUUACUAAUGUGAUUUAGAAGUAAUGUAACAGGUGUAUUGUGAAGUUGUUGUUUAUGAUUUCAGUGUAAUAUGUUGCACAGGAGAAUGUCUCCCAAUAGUUAGUGUUUCUUGAAUGUUUCAUUUCUAACUCGUAUGAAUGUGUUGUCAUUUGCUCAAGUAUUUUUUGUUACCCGAAUGCAAUAUAUGCAUAUUUAUGUACAUCAAAUUAAUUGUAGGGUUCUACCUAACUACUCGAUCUUAUCUUUUGUCUUGUAGUAUUAACAGCAACAAAGAUAAAAAUAAACUUGCAGUUAGAUUGUGAGAACUUACUAAUAUGAAACUUGUUCUGUCAUCAACAGGUUAUUUGUAUUACGGUGUGAUAGAGUAGUUGAGAUUUUAACUAGCUGCCAACAACUGGCCAGUUCAUUCAUCACCAAAUCAUAAUUAUUCUACUGUUGGCUGUAAUAGUUCAGAUUUUAAGUGACUACCAUCGAUAGGCCAGGGCAUUCAUCACAAAGUCAUUAUUUGUUGCACUGGCCAGCAAUCAGAUUAUCUUUCUCCACAACUACUGUACAUCCCCUUUUUCAAAAUACAAGUCAGAAUCAUGAUUUUACUAUAGAGCUUUAAAGUGUCCCUAUAAAUAUAUUUUUGAACUAGAAGUUGGUUUAAUCGUGAAUGCAGAGAUCCCUGUGAAAUCAGCUGUAAACUUUGUAUAAAAUAGAGGCCAAGUCCAGGAGGAAUGAGCAGGUUAUUGUAUUUGAAUACAUUGUACUGCUCUUCCUGUAAAACUCGGUUAAGAUUGAAUGGAGAAAGAAAUCCUGUAUAAGCUAAUGGUAAUUCAAUUGUUCUGGUGUGUAUAAUGUUAGAUUACCGUUAGGUAAUGCAAUAACUACAUUUUUAGUGUACACUCUCAUGUUAAUUGAUGUUUUUUUAUGUGUAAAUUUUCAAUGAAAUUCAUCAAUACAUUGUAUGUGAUGUAUGAUGGUAUUUGAUAUGUUACAUGCUGUUACCAGUAUAUUGAAAUAUGCAUGUUGUCCUUUAUGGAAUUAUAGAAGUAUUUGUGCAGAGCAUGGUAAUAAAAAAUUGCAAUCUAAUAA